UUACCCCUGAGGUCGACGGCGUUACGGCAUAAUAUGACGACUUCGUCUACUACCCUCCCUCCCCCUCCUCUACCACACAUCCACUUGUGUGAGCCUCGGUUGCAGUAAGUCCGCGCCAGGCGUCGCUAUGGUGCUGCCUCAUGAGGCUCGCGCGAAAUACGGAUAUGCCCCGAGGCUAAGACCCGGGAGUGAGAACUGUUUCCCCGUCAGUCUCAGCGCAUUUAGCAGCCCACUCUGGUCGCUAGCAGACCGUGUAUCUCGCUCUCAAUCGCCGCUGGUUUUAUAUACGUAUUUCUGGAUUAUCGUGGCCUAUUUCAAAGUUAACUGAUCCUUCAACCGGAACUGACGUCACGGCGCGUGACGAACACCACGACAUGUCGUCCCCAGUCACAUCAAGACCCUCCUCUGUCACCACCCCCAAUGGCCACUUUAACAAGAUUUCCGGUGUUCCCUGUCCAGCGACCCCUACAAGAUAUACAGCCCCGGUCCAUAUUGACGUGGGUGGUGUCAUAUAUACGUCCUCUCUCGAAACUCUCACGAGGUUUCCCGACUCUCGACUAGCGAAGAUGUUCAACGGAAGCAUCCCCAUCGUACUGGACAGCCUGAAGCAGCACUACUUCAUCGACCGUGACGGCAAAAUGUUCCGCUACAUCCUCAACUACAUGCGAUGUCAACGUUGUUGUCUUCCAGAAGAUUUCGCAGAGUGGGAGCAACUUCUUGAAGAAUCCCGAUUCUUCGAGCUCCAAGGCAUGGUUCGGGAUAUCGAAGCCAUGCGACGCAGCAAACAACGUCCAGUGACACAGCCCGCACAGACGACGGACCAGACAAUCAUGCAAACAGUCCGAGAGAUCAAGUCGGAGCCCAGUUCGUCGGAGUUCUGUGACUGCAUUGCAGUGAGUAUCAGCCCUGACCUAGGGGAGAGAAUCUCGUUAAGUGCCGAGAGGGCGCUUUUGGAAGAGGUCUUCCCGGAACUUACGUCAGCGCUUAUGGAUACACGGAAUUCUGGUUGGAAUAUGGAGAACCAUUUUGUGAUUCGUUUUCCCCUCAAUGGAUUUUGUAAGCUCAAUUCUAUUCAGGUUAUACAGAGGCUUUUAAACCACAAUUUCCAAGUAAUAGCCUCGACAGGGGGCGGCGUGGAAGGUCAGCAAUUCAGCGAGUACCUGUUCUGCAGGAACUGCAAGUCUCUACAUUGAGACACCAUGUUAUGGAGAGGGGCAGAACUAUUAAAUGACCAGUUGCAUUAUAACAAGAAAUUCCACAUUAAUCCUGUGGAUGAGGGCUACCGGUUACCAAAUAAAGCUACAAGAUUUCCAUCCGCUUCCGUGAAGGUGGACAUCAAAUUUAGCACAUUGAACAACGAACAGUGUCGUUAUCGACGUUAGCUGUCUGCGUCGUCUGAUGCCAACGAACAAUUGGCAUCUGAUUGCAAUGUUUCACAACCGCGCCACCAUGAUGGAAAUCAUGCGGAGUCACUCCUAGAUCAGAUACGCAUCUGCGGCUGUAACCUCAUUGGAUUAUGUCAGGGUCAGGAGACAUUCGGGUACACUCGGCUUAUUCCGUUCCCUAAUUCCUCCGGCAGCACUGGAGAAGUGACACAACAUGAUUUCACUGCACUCCGUGUACCGCCAGAUCCUUCCGCGCAAAGUUCGUAUGGCAUGACGCCGGAUUGAAAAACGGCGGUAUGCUUGACAAACAAAAAAGUAUACAUUUUAAUUUUUGAACGAGUCAUCAGCAAAACACAAUAAAUAUAGACACCAGGACCACGGUCACGUUGUGUUGUGUCGUGUGACUGGAACUACUUCCAAUAUGGACUCUCCCAGUGCUGACCGAGGCGUCGUAUGUGAUUGACGCGAGCUGAGUGUCUUUGCAGUAAACUACGAAACUUAAUGUAUGGACCACGCGGUCAGCUUUGUGUAAAUGACGUGCAAGUAUAUAGUUCUGUGAUAUGAUAUUUCAAUGGACCUGACUUGUUGGCGUUCACUGAGCAACAUGCUUACCUUUCAACUGUACCUAUGACAGUGCUAAAUGUUUCAACCAUGUGAUUAGCGGUAUUUAUACCUUUGAGUAACGAUGUUGAGUGGUAACACUAGGAGAUAUCUUACAUUGAUUAUAUGUAUACACAAACAGCUUGAAUUAAUUCACUGUGUCACGUGAUCACGUUAGUUAGGGGCAGCUACAGACUGGUUCCAUGCCCUUGUUACGCACGCUCGGUAUGCGUAGCAAAGACAAGGAGCUUGUUAAGGGACAGCCAGUAUCAAUGUCGUCCGCGCACUUAUAGUGGUAUUUGUGAUUCUGAGACUUGACAAUAAUUGCAUUUAUUCACACCUAAAAUCAUCAUUAACUGCUGUUUGUUGAACUGUUCUUGGUAGGAAGCCUAUGUAUAUAUAUUUAUGCUACUUGUGUAAUUAUGUCUAUUUAUUCGGGUGCCUGUUAUAUUGAAAUCUUGUAAGUGCGGGGGGAUGUGUACCAUUUUGCGUCUUUCGCAUUCAGUGAGGAACAGGACGACUACUUAUCAAACUAAUAUUAAUUAAUAUUCAAUAUGAGUACGCUUAAGAACGUAUAUGUGUAUAUUCGGCCACCCCUCAAACCAUACACGUUAAUGUACUUGUACACGAAAGAAGCAGAUUUAAAAGUACUUAUUUAAGUCUAGUAUCAAGUACAAGCAUAUAGAAAUAUGCCAGAGCAAGCCAGUCAAAAGUAAGAAUAUCGAUGCAUGGUACCUAUUAGGCAUACAGGUUCUCCUGGGUAAAAUAGGGUUGGAAUUUUAACGUCCAUCAGAGUGGGUGAGUGAAUGUUAUUUAACGCCGCUUUCAGUAGUAUUUCAGUUAUAUCACGGCCUGUCAGCUUGGUGUGGAUGGAACAUCCUAAGUUGUACAGAUUUUAAGACGUUUACCACUUUGACGAAACCCACGGGUAUGGCGCUGACACAAGAACCGGUGAUCAUUGGUGUUUGAUACGUAUAAGGGACGCAACUCUGCACAGCGAAUUGCAACACCUCAGACGACUGGGCCACCCGUGCACCCCUUCAGACUACCUGUCUCACGCGGCAACAUCGCAAGGGACGUUGGGCUAGCCAAGUGGUUGAAGAGUUCUUUCUCCGCGUUGAGACCAGAGUUCGAUUUCGAUUCACCAUACGGGUACAUCACUGCAACCUAUGAUUGUCGAACGAGGUGACGUAAUGGAUCUGGUUUCCAGGCGUGUGACUUGAUUGAUAGCAUUUCAUCAUACCCUAUCGGCGUGGAUCGAUGCUCAUAAUAUCAGUCACUGGUUUAUCUAGUUCAGACUCGAUUAUUGACAUGCUGGCCUCAUAUAUCUGAAAUAUUGCGGAGUACUGCAUUAAACAUCAAACAUGACCUCCCCUGUAAUAUUUCUGGAAUAUUGUCAAAAGCGGCGGAAAAAUCUACUCACUCAUCAAUAUCUCGAGCAUAAUAUGAAAGUUAGUUAGUUAUCAGAUACUUUUUGCAUUUACAACUAUAUAUUUUCGGUGUUUAGCGCAGGAAGGUUGUACAUAUUGUGUGUACCACCCUCGAUUACCCAGUGUAUGAUAUCGCCAUUAAAUUGUGUACUUACCUUAACAGACUGGAGAUAUGAUACACUCAUUAAUCUAGGGGAUGUGCUGGUACAGGGAACAGAUCACGAUGUAUGAUCUCCGAGAGUUGAUAAUUCCGUCUCUAGAUUCAUAAUGUGUGGUCUGUUUUAGUCAUGUACAAUGUUACGAUCUUAUGAAAUCCAUUGACUGAUUAAAUGUCUUUACAAAUCUUCCUGCUUUUGUUUUCAAUUUUAUACCUACGGCUUCACACUGAGCAGACACGCCCACUACUCCAUCGAUCCAUAAGGUGAUUACAUCCAUAUACAAUACAUCUGACCU